GCCCAGCAGCUCUCAAACAAACAGCCAUGUUGAGUGUCUGAGGCAGAAAUGACUUAAUAUCCCAAUGAAAUAAGGAUAUUUAUCCCCACGACGAGCUGGACAUAAGCGCAUCAGCACUGCGAUCAUCGACCAGCCAUCUAGAGGUGCUUCCAUCUUCUGUGGCCUUCAGCAAGACAGCUUGUGUUUUCCCAUCUGAUUUUUAAUUCGCAGCAUAGUAAACGCAGUGUCAAACUGUGUGUCAUGUCAGGACCUGUGCCGAGUCGUGCCAGAGUCUACACUGAGGUGAACACACACCGGCCCAGAGAAUACUGGGACUAUGAAUCGCAUAUUAUUGAGUGGGGCAAUCAAGAUGAUUUUCAACUGGUCCGCAAGUUAGGCAGAGGAAAGUACAGUGAAGUGUUUGAAGCAAUCAACAUCACCAACAAUGAGAAAGUAGUGGUGAAGAUACUAAAGCCUGUGAAGAAGAAGAAGAUAAAGCGUGAAAUAACGAUUCUUGAGAACCUUCGAGGAGGUCCAAAUAUCAUCUCUCUCCUCGACAUCGUCAAAGACCCUGUGUCCAGAACACCCGCCUUAGUUUUUGAACAUGUCAACAACACAGACUUUAAGCAACUGUAUCAGACACUGACAGACUAUGACAUUCGCUUCUACAUGUUUGAGAUUCUGAAGGCGUUGGAUUUCUGUCACAGUAUGGGCAUUAUGCACAGAGAUGUCAAACCACACAACAUCAUGAUUGAUCAUGAGCACAGAAAGUUGCGUCUUAUUGACUGGGGACUGGCUGAAUUCUAUCACCCAGGACAGGAGUACAACAUCAGAGUCGCCUCUCGCUACUUCAAAGGCCCAGAACUACUGAUCGAUUACCAGAUGUAUGACUACAGUCUUGAUAUGUGGAGUCUUGGCUGUAUGCUGGCCAGUAUGAUCUUUAGAAAGGAGCCGUUUUUCCAUGGACAUGAUAACUAUGACCAGCUGGUGAGAAUUGCCAAAGUCCUUGGAACAGAAGAUCUGUAUGAUUGCAUUGAUAAAUACAACAUUGAGCUGGAGCCUCGAUUUAAUGACAUUCUGGGAAGACAUUCCCGUAAGCGAUGGGAGCGCUUCGUUCACAGUGAAAACCAACACUUGGUCAGUCCUGAAGCUCUUGACUUUCUGGACAAGUUGUUGCGUUACGACCAUCAGACCAGACUGACUGCGAGAGAGGCCAUGGAUCACGCUUACUUCUUCCCUGUUGUGAAAGACCAGUCCCGCAUGGCAGGAUCCACGAAUGUGCCGACAGCGAACACCGUAGUGAGCAGCACCGCCACGAUGAUAACAGGAAUCGCUGCUCUUCCGGCCUCCACAGCUCUCGGGCCCCUGACCGGCUCUCCCGUCCUCAUGGCCCCCAGCAGCCUCAACACUUCAGUGCCUGCAGCCACAGGAGCCGCUCAGUGACGUCCACACACACACACACACACACACUGACUGAUCCUGGGACUGUUAGAUAGAGCUCUUCAUCACCCCCCACUCACAGUAGCAUGAGUUCACCUGAAACUGAAUGCACUUCAUCAUGAGACGUUCACCUUAUAGGGAUAGUUCAGCCAAAAAUGUAAAUAUGCCCAUGAUUUACUCAACCUCAAGUCAUCCUAGGUGUAUAUGACA